AUGUUUUAAUAAAUUAGGAGGUAGAACCUUCCAGCACUCUGUGGAAAGAAGAUGGUUCCCUUAAAACCACAACUGUGGCCUUAAUUGUGUGGUGGCAAUUAUCAGCAGGUAAAUGAGUUCACCUGCAAGAUUUAAUUAUUUACUUCUAACUGUCUUUAUUAAAAAAUUAAAGAACAGAUCGACCAUCCUAAGAAUGUAAUAUUUUAGAGAAAAUAUUUAUAGAAAAAAGUAAAGAAAGAAUAAUAAGCGGAGGGAGAAAAACAAAAUGUUAGUGAAUUAGAUACAUUGUUGGUCAGUAAAUCUGGAAGAAAAUCAAUUUAAGGAUGUAAUACCAAGACUUACUUUUAGAUGUUAUAAGGUAACAGGUGUUUUCGAAGUUCAUUCUAAUGGGUUUAGAUAUCUUCAUUCAAAUAAUAAAUAGUUGUAUAUUGUAUUCAAGAAUAUUAAGCAAUGUAUUUAUUGAAGACUUGAACAGGAUAUAAUAGCUCCUUUACAUUUCAAUCUUCAUUCUCAUAUAGCUAUGGGUAGAACAAAGAAGCAAGGUGUGUAGUUCUAUCUUGAGUUAGGAGGAGCAGUAGAAAACGUGGAAGGGAGAAUGAAGAAUAAUUGAAAUUAUGAUGAUGAUAGUGAUGAAAUAGAAGAAGAAGAGAUAUUGUGUAAAUAGGAAGAGAAUUUAAAUUGCUCAUUAAACAAUUGAGGAGAUGGGAGUAGAUUUUAAGAUAUAAUAAUUAGAAAACCUUUUAGAAAUCUAAUAUUGGAAAGGAUAUUGGAAUGGAGAAGAUUAUUUUUAUAGCCUACUCAUAAUACAUUGAUGAAAGUAAUUGAAAGUCUAGUCUAUAUCUUGACAUUAUCUGAAGUUGAAAUAUGUUGUUUUGAAGGUAUAAUUGCAGGAAUUAAAUCUUUUGAUUUAGUUUUUGUAUUUAAGAAUUAUGAGAGAUAGGUUUUGAGAAUUGAGAGUGUCGAUAUGAAAGACUAAGAGGAAGUUAAAAAUUUAGUUGGAUAACGUAUUCUUUAAUAUGUAAUUAUAGUUGAAUUUGGAAGUAGCUUAUGAUCUAGUCUGAACAAAUGUACUUGCCAAUAUUUUUAAAGAUAUACCAGGUUAUGUAUAGGAGGGAGAUUGGACCAAUAUUUUGAUUGAGAGCAAGGAAGGAGAGGAUGAUGAUCCAUUAAUUUGA